AUGGCGGCGCUCGUGGAGCUCUUCACGAGAUCCUUGUCGUCCUCGACGCCCGUGGACUGGGAGGCGGAGGCCUACCCGGCGUACGGCGACUACGCCGUUCUCCCCAUCCUCGUCGCCUUCUUUCCCGCCCUGCGCUUCCUCCUCGACCGGUUCGUCUUUGAGAUAUUAGCAAGAAGACUUAUAUUUGGAAAAGGAUAUGACAAGCUUGCUGAAACAGACGAAAGGAGAAAGAAAAUCAAUAAAUUUAAGGAGUCGGCCUGGAAAUUUGUUUAUUUUCUUUCGGCAGAGGUCCUUUCAUUAUCUGUAACAUACAACGAGCCAUGGUUUACAAACACCAGAUACUUCUGGGUAGGGCCUGGUGAGCAGCUCUGGCCUGAUCAAAAGAUGAAACUGAAGCUUAAGGCUGUAUACAUGUAUGCUGCUGGAUUUUACACAUAUUCCAUCUUUGCCCUUCUGUUCUGGGAAACAAGACGCAAGGAUUUCGGAGUCUCGAUGUCUCACCAUGUGGCAACUGUUGUUCUGAUUGUUAUGUCCUACAUUUGCAGGUUUGUACAUGAGUGUAAUUGCCCUUCUAUACGUAAUGAUACACAGCAUUGCCAGGUCUUGAUGUUAUUGCUAUUUCUAAACAGAUUAUCUCGUGCUGGCUCGGUCAUUUUAGCCGUCCAUGAUGCGAGUGAUAUAUUCCUAGAGAUCGGAAAGAUGGCCAAGUAUAGUAGCUGUGAGGGGCUAGCUGUUGUAGCAUUUCUACUUUUUGUGGCUUCUUGGAUCCUUCUUCGGCUAAUAAUUUUCCCUUUCUGGAUCCUGAGAAGCACAAGCUAUGAAGUAGCUGUGAUCCUUGACAAGGAGAAAAAAGAAUUUUACAGCUCCGUAUACUACUAUCUUUUCAACAGUCUCCUGUUCUCACUUCUAGUCCUUCACAUAUAUUGGUGGGUACUGAUUUACCGAAUGCUAGUCAAACAAAUCCAAUCCAGAGGACGUGUUGGUGACGAUGUUCGAUCCGAUUCUGAGGGUGAAGAAGACCACGAAGAUUAA